AUGUCCGACACUCAUUAUCAGUCGUUGGGUAUGUCCAACGCUUUGGAGAAGCAAAGAGCCAGGUCAAAGCGAUCCAAAUUGAUUGUAAUUGGGGCUGUUGUCGGCCUAAUCGUGUUGAUCGCUAUAGGUGUGGUUGUUGGGGUAGUCGUAACCAAGAACAACAGCAGCAACAACGCUGGGGGUACGAAAUCGUCCUCAAGCGCUGGCGGCAAUAGUACUUCUGGCGGUAGCAGUACCUCUGGCGGCACCUCAACUACUAAAGGCAACGAUCCGAGCAAUUUUACCAAGGAUCCAAACCUUCAUAAAUCGUUCUAUGGCAUGGCGUACACUCCAGAAGGCGCUCUUGUGGAGUUUGGGUGCACCAAUACACUAGCGGGCGUCAUUAAAGAUAUUCAACUUCUCUCUCAACUCACAACACGCAUCCGUCUUUACGGCGCUGACUGCAACCAAACUGCGCAAGUGCUAGAAGCUAUAAAGCAAACAAAAGUUGACAUGGAAGUAUUUGUUGGCAACUACGUCGUACCUUCGGACACGCCUGGAUACCAAAGGCAACGGGACGCGAUACAUGAUGCAAUCGCGACAUACGGGACAGACCACGUCGCAGGGAUUACGGUUGGCAAUGAAUUCAUGCUUAACUAUCUCACGGACCAUGGAUCGCAAGACCCCAACAGCUCCGUGGGCAAUGAAGGGGCCGCCAUCCUUAUUGCGGACAUCAACGAUACCAAGAGUGGGUUGAGUUCGAUGAAACUUUCCAAAACCGUUGCCAUUGGUAAUUCGGACGCGGGAAGCUACUUCAAUAAUCAAGUCUUAUCUGCGGUUGAUUAUGGGAUGUCGAACGUGCACGCCUGGUUCGCGAAUACUACCGCAGAGGCAGCUGCGGCCUGGGUGAUGACGUUUUUCGAUGAGACAAAUGUCCAACCUGCAUCACUUUUGCCCAACAAGCCCAAAAUGUACAUUGCCGAAACCGGGUGGCCUACGAAAUCUUCAGACGCAGGAAAUGCAAGUAACGGCGCCGCAACUGCUUCCAUUAAGAACUUGCAGACCUUCCUUGAUACAUUUGUGUGCCAGGCAAACAAAGCUAACAUUGGUUACUUCUUCUUUGAGGGUUUUGAUGAGGAGUGGAAGGAUAUCAAGUUCGGAGGUGUCGAAGGCUGGUGGGGUUUGUUCAACAAGGACCGAACCCUCAAAGACUUGAAAAUUCCCAACUGCCCUCUGUGACGAAACUCGUUUCCUCCUCAGUUCCUUGCACGAACUUUUACGAACUUGUUUUAUCUAUAUCCUCGGACACUCUUUAGUAUCAUACACCAGUCGUAUAUCAUAUUACUUAUCAUUCAUUCCUUUUGAUACUUUAGUAGGUGAUGGCAUUACAUAAACCUCGGUAUCACU